UUUCUAUUAAUAAUAUAAAUAUUUGUCAGUUUAUAUGAUUUAUUGAUACUAAAUCCCUACAAGCAGGAGGCAUGUAAAAUUAUGAAAAGACAAAGAAAAUGUAAUAGAACAAAAGGAGAGGGAUUAAAAAAAAGAAAGAGAAAAAGAAGGCAGAAAAUGAAACCCUUUACCAGCUGUUGGGGAGGCCAGGAGCAGACACCUGUUUCUUGGUUUGCCUCAUAUGUAGGCGGAACUGCUACAGGGCAACCAGUCCCUGAAAGAAGUCCCAAGAGACCAGCUCCUCCUUAAGGAGAGGUUUUGCUAAUUCAAUGACAGAUGCAUCUGGCAUGGCAUAAGGCACCUCCAAACACUGCUCUCCCACUCAGCACCAUACUUAUAGCCAAUGAAAGCACCAGCAGUGCAGGGAGUUCCCUACUCCCAGUUGAGGGUUAACUAUUAACGCAGCUGUGAAGUGUGUGGGACCAGCCCAAAAAGCUAUGGGCAGCAGGCAGAGUUAGAGCAAAGAGGCGUUCUUAAGAAAGGCUUUGGGAGAGAAGUAGUAUCUGAACUGGAACUGGAUGCAGAGGCCAGAAAAUGUGGAAGCAGCACAGUCUCAUUUUUGUUGCAUGUGUAGAGGGCACAAGGCUGGAGAGUGAGCUGAUCAUGGUAAAUGUUGAAUGCCAGGUUGAAGAGCAUAUUUUUAGUUCAGUGGGAACCCUGAGAACUUUUGAACAAGAAGUAAUCUGGGGCUUCCCUGGUGGCGCAGUGGUUGAGAAUCCGCUUGCCAGUGCAGGGGACACAGGUUCGAGCCCUGGUGCUGGAAGAUCCCACAUGCCGCAGAGCAACUAAGCCCGUGCGCCACAACUACUGAGCCUGCGCUCUAGAGCCCGCGAGGCACAACUACUAAAGGCUGCGAGCUACAACUACUGAAGCCCAUGCACCUAGAGCCCGAGCUCCGCAACAAGAGAAGCCACCGCAAUGAGAAGCCCGUGCACCGCAACAAACAGUAGCCCCCGCUCACAGCAACUAAAGAAAGCCCGAGCCAAUCAACAAAGACCCAACACAGCCAAAAAUAAAUUAAUUAAUUAAUUAAUUUUUUAAAAAAAGAAGUGAUCUGAAGCUGUCCUCCAAUAUCAUUCUUUCCUACUUCUGUGGUAACAGAAGCCCCAGUUUUUAACCGGGUUCAUGCCUGUGCAAAUUAAGAUUAGCUUUCCUAACUUCUCUUGCAGCUAGGUGUGGUCAUGUGACUGAAUUCUGGUGAAUGAAAUAGAAAGGAAAUAGUGUGUGCCACUUUUAAGAAGUGUUCUCAAAGGGAGAAGGCACUGCGCCUUUUUUUUUCCCUGCUGGAUGGAAGCCCAACCUAAUCCUAACAAGCAUAUUAUUCAUUAGGAAGAUAGGCCUGGGGCAAGGCAAAAUAUAGGAUGAGCACUGGAGGUGGGAAGAUCUUGAUAGUUGAGGUAAGAAGUGUGGAAAUAAGAACUGAGCCAGUAUGGCAGCUUUGGGAACGGAUGGGAGGGGAGUAUGGGAUAAAUAUUGUGCAAGGAGUGUCUGUGGGACUUGGGAAUUGGUCAGGUGAGAGGAGACACCAGGAAGAAUCAAAGGUCAUUCUGAGGUUUCAAGCAGAGUUGACUGGGAAGUCAAUGAUGCUGGUAACAAAAAUAGGGGAAUCAGCAGGAUGAGCAGGCAUGAGGAAGGCCCCCAGGAGUUCAGUCUUGCCCAUGUUGAGUUGGGACGCCUGCAGGAUACCCAGGUGGAGAUGUAAAGCAGGCAGUUGGAAAUGGCAAAUCCUUUGCAUAAAAGUGGUAGUCAAAAUGAAGGGAGGGGCUGGUUGGCAAAACAGAGAGUGUGUCUGUAGAAAUUCCUCUUUCUUCAGUGCACACAGAAAUAAACUUUUGCUCUGCAAAACCAGAUAAAAAUAUGUAAGCUCUUCACCUGAUUUGUACCCCCCUCCCUCAAAAAAAACCCUACAAACUCCAGUCAGCAGCUGGCUGGCUGGCUUCAAGCCAUGAAAUCCUCACUGUCUCAAAAUGUGGACAUCUCCUUAAAGUUCUUUACUAAGGCGUAUUGAUUUGCAUAAAUAUCUGUGCUGGCAUGUUUUAAGAUGACUCCUUUUCAGCAAGAGAUCUAUAGUAAAUUGUCUUCCUCCUUAAUUCAGGUUGGCCACACGUAAGAAGGCUUCCCUUUCACAAAAGUCUUAAAAGAACAAUUCCUUUCAAAAGCAGAAUGAAAAAAUAUGAAAAUCUAAUAAAUGUGACAGUAAAACGACUCUGCAGAGGUUUUUCUCAUAUCUGCUGUGACCAGAGCAGAUGUUAAAAUAAAUAAAAUUUGAAAUAAAAAGUAAACGAAUCUAAUGUGAACAUUAAGGAACUUUUUUUUUUUCUUUUUUUGGCCAAGACACGCGGCUUGUGGGAUCUUAGCUCCCCGACCAAACCCAAGCCCUCAGCAGUGAAAGCUCGGAGUCCUAACCACUGGACCGUCAGGGAAUUUUCUAAGGAACCAUCUGUUCAGCCUGGCUAAACUGCUGUCUGCACUAUUUUCAUACGAUGGCUGGGGCCCAGGGUAUGGAAAAGGUUAAAACCCAGUGGCUUGUGUGUUUCAGCUGAGGUUACAAGGUAGAAACGCGACUGGAAGUGGUGGUGGUAAGAGCUCUGUUUCUUCUCGAAGAGUUUUGGUCUUCAGCUCACAUACAGCUGACAGCUGCCUGGCGACCCAGGGCCUAUCCCGGCGGCCCGAAGCCACGCGCCUAGGAGCGCGCCCAGGAUCCCCUCACGCGAGGACCCUUCCUAGGAGAGGCGGGCAGGCUCUCCGGCGGAAAACGGGCCGCGCGGGGGCGACAGCACCAACCUUGUUGGCAACCCCUCCCCUCCCCCAACCCCCAGGACAAGGAACGUCACCGCGUUCCACGUUCUCCCCGACCCUCUGACCCCGAGGGCCCAGACCCCGGCCGGCCCGAGCGGCCCCGGCAGGUGCCAACGAGCCCUGGCUGUCCCUCAGGCCCCGCCACCCCCGCGGUCGCUGGGAGCGGGCCUCGGUUAGCGGGGCCUCCUAGGCUGCGGGCGCCGGGACUGGCCGGCUACACCCGCACCCCAGCGGCCUCAGUAGGCGUCCCGGGCCGGGCCGCCCCUCCCCCCGCGCCGGUGGCCAGGAGCCGGGCGAGGGGCUCGCGGAGGAGACUCUCGAGCGCUGAUUGGCCAGAGCCGAGGGGGCGGGGCGGUGGGUGUGAAGGGGGCCGGCCCAGGUCUCUCAGAGCUCCCCCUCUCCUCCGCAACUGCGAGCUCCCUCAUUACAUCAUCUUCGGACCGUAGCCGCCGUGCAGGACUGGGCGCGGCGCGAUCCACUCACCCCGGGGCUCCAGCCCGCUCUCCCGCGUCUCUCCUGGCCCUCCCCGCACCUGCUCCAGGGCCAAGACCGGGAGAGCCCCGCGGGCUAGCUCCCAGAACCCGCUAGGCACAGCUAGCGGACCUCGGCAGCUCCGCCUGAUCCAUUCAUUGAGAGCCGCGUAUUUUCCCGGAGCCCCAGUCCCCGGCUCGGAGCCGCGGGUAGCGCCAUGGAGAAGAGCAGCGAGACCAACGGCUACCUAGACAGCGCCCAGGCGGGGCCUGCAGCGGGGCCUGGCGCGCGGGGGAGCAAGGCCGGACGCGCGCGGCGCUGCGCUGGCUUCCUACGGCGCCACGCGCUGGUGCUGCUCACAGUGUCCGGAGUGGUGGCGGGCGCCGGCCUGGGCGCGGCGCUGCGUGGGCUCAAGCUGAACCGCACACAGGUCAUCUACCUGGCCUUUCCUGGAGAGAUGCUGCUCCGCAUGCUGCGCAUGAUCAUCCUGCCGCUGGUGGUCUGCAGCCUGGUAUCGGGCGCCGCCUCCCUUGAUGCCAGCUCUCUCGGGCGCCUGGGCGGCAUCGCCAUAGCCUACUUCGGCCUCACCACACUAGGCGCCUCGGCUCUCGCAGUCGCUUUGGCGUUCAUCAUCAAGCCUGGAUCUGGCGCGCAGACCCUUCAGUCCAGCGACCUGGGUCUGGAGGAGACGGGGCCCCCACCGGUCCCCAAAGAGACAGUGGACUCAUUCCUCGACCUGGCCAGAAACCUGUUUCCCUCAAAUCUUGUGGUUGCAGCUUUCCGUACGUAUGCAACCGACUAUAGAGAGGUGACCCACAACACAAGCACUGGAAACAUAACCCGUGAAAAGAUCCCCAUUGGCACCGAAAUUGAAGGUAUGAACAUUUUAGGAUUGGUCCUUUUUGCCCUGGUGUUAGGAGUGGCCCUGAAGAAACUCGGCUCUGAAGGAGAAGAGCUCAUUCGUUUUUUCAAUGCCCUCAAUGAGGCGACGAUGGUGCUGGUGUCGUGGAUUAUGUGGUACGUACCUGUGGGCAUCAUGUUCCUGGUUGGAAGCAAGAUUGUGGAAAUGAAGGACAUCAUCGUGCUGGUGACCAGCCUGGGGAAAUAUAUCUUCACAUCCAUAUUGGGCCAUUUUAUUCACGGAGGAAUUGUUCUGCCACUUAUUUAUUUUGUCUUCACGAGAAAAAACCCGUUCAGGUUCCUCCUGGGCCUCCUCACACCAUUUGCAACAGCAUUUGCCACCUGCUCCAGCUCUGCAACCCUUCCCUCUAUGAUUAAGUGCAUCGAAGAAAACAACGGUGUAGACAAGAGGAUCGGCAGGUUCAUCCUCCCCAUCGGGGCCACGGUGAACAUGGACGGCGCAGCCAUCUUCCAGUGUGUGGCCGCAGUGUUCAUUGCCCAGCUCAACAAUGUGGAGCUGAAAGCAGGCCAGAUUUUCACCAUUCUAGUGACAGCCACAGCAUCCAGUGUUGGAGCAGCAGGCGUGCCAGCUGGAGGGGUCCUCACCAUCGCCAUUAUCCUGGAGGCCAUUGGGCUGCCCACUCAUGACCUCUCUCUGAUCCUGGCUGUGGACUGGAUUGUGGACCGCACCACCACCGUGGUGAACGUGGAGGGCGAUGCCCUGGGUGCAGGCAUCCUCCACCACCUGAAUCAGAAGGCGACGAAAAGAGGCGAGCAGGAGCUGAGUGAGGUCAAAGUGGAGGCCGUCCCCAACUGCAAGUCGGAGGAGGAGACGUCACCCUUGGUGACACACCCAAACCCCACCGGCCUUGCGGCCAGCACCCCCGAGUCCAAGGAGUCAGUUCUGUGAUGGGGCUGGGCUUCCAGCUUGCCUGCAGGGGAUGCCUACCCCAUCGGUCCGGUCGGCAGACCCGGGCACCGCCUUCACUGACUUCUAGCCUCCCGUGCAAUGCUUUGGCCCAGUCACUGGUUUGAGGAUUACUUCUCAGCAUAGGCAUUGGGCUUCCCAGCAGGACCUGGUUCCCAAGGACCAGGACACUCUGCCAUUUGGCUUACCAUGUCUAGGUGCAACUGUGUACACCCCAGCUCUGUUUGGAAACACACCCUCGAGCUGCCGGGCGGGGGGAGUAACAGGCUCACAGGACCUGGUGGUUAAAGCUUGGAAAAUGCACAUGUUGCUUCACUGCACCCAGGAAAGCUCAGCCUUGGGUGCUUUCCGGGCAGACCUGGACGGGUGGCAGCCAUCUGUCGCAUUGCCUCGUGAGCCAUAGUAAUUGGAAGAAUUCCCAAAUUCAUAGCCGCGGCUGGAAUUCACUGAGCUGGGCCUCAGGUGUUGAGAGUCUACACAUCGGCCUGACUGGCUUCUGGGUCACUAGGCUGGAGGCGCUGCACGUUGUCGAGUUAGAAAUACUCCAUGGUGUUAGCACUGCUAGGGUCUCUGGUCAGUGGCACUAAGUAAACAAUUAUAUUCUGAAGUCAAAGAAAGGAGGGGGAGUACAGGCUGCAGGGGGAAGGGAAGCAGCCUGAUCAGGCCAGGACAUACACACACACACACACACACACACACACACACACACUAAUGUCCCCAUUCUGGCCCCAGCCCUGGGGAGGUUUUCUGUUUUCAUGACCUGGGCCUAUGUCAACACUGUGGCUCUAUACCCAUCUACUCUGAUUUGGCAACAGGCCAGAGAGGGGCCCCCCCUCCUCUGGGGAGGUGUCAUGUGGUCAUCACAUUCAGGACCCUGGCUGGUCUAGCAACAGAUUUUAAUCCAACUAGACCCUCCCUAAAAUGCUGCAUUGCAGCAAAAACAAAAUUUUAAAAACCCCACAAACCCACCCCUUCAUUGGAGUGAGGUACCACUCUUCCCAGAUGCCCUAGCUUUGGCUGAUUUCCAUAGACUUGGUUUCCUUUCCCUCCAGGACAUCAGUUUAAAAUUAUAAGCUAAAUGGUCCACCUGCUACUUACUGACUUGAGCUGAACCUAGGGGAGGGGGCUUUACGGAGAGAACAAGCAUUGCCCGGGAUAGGGAAGGAAAACCUAAAAGGCACUAGACUGCUAUUUCUCUGUGGCUGUUGGUGUGUAUCUGUGGGGUAACCUGCAGCAAGUCCUGGAGCCUCACUUUACCCCAUUAGUACAAUGGGGCUGAUGUCACCUGCCUCUUACCUACCUCAGAGGGAUUUGGUGAGGCAAACUGAGUGAAUCCGCGAAAAACGACCAUUUCGCAUUUUGCUUCUUGGAUAGCAAGUGCGAACACCCCCGUACCCUCCUUACCGUUACCUAAGUGAUACCGAAGUUCUCCAGGAGGCUCCUUCUUCUGGGGAGGACAGCUUUUACGAGCAGGGCUUUGUUCUGUGUGCAGGAGCAACUGUUAUCACGUCACUUGUUCUCUUAGUAGUUUCUUGUUAGCAUCAAAUGCAGCCUCUUCCUGAUGUCCUUCAUCUUUUUGUGAAUUAACUACCCCACCUCCCAGCACACUUCUGGGUACCUGACCUCCCCGCGACUCCCAGACCCAGGCACCAUUUCUGCCACCGCACACUGGCCAUUAAAACUCCCAAACUUUCAGCCUCGCUCAUUCCCUUGUCACAACUGGAAUGGGGGGAAGGGGGGACAGAGAGUGAAGCUCCCCUGUAUUAAGACUGUGGGGCAUGGGCCUGAGCGGAAUGGGCGGGGAAGAACCAAGGGGCACGGAGCAGACCUGGCCCUUUUCCCUUCAGCCCUCUUUAAACCAGCUAAGUCACUCCCGUCUCCUGUGAAGCAGGAGUGACCAGGAGCUGGGCUGAGAGGAGCCUGGAAGCCUCAACCCUCUGGCUUGUUGCUGAUGCCUUCUGCUUUCAAAGGGGAAACAAUCACACUGAUGGAUCCCAAACUGCAAAUCCCAAACAUUCACUAUUUUUCAGGUGUCAUUAGAUCUCAUCUUUCCUUCUUCCACAUAUAUACAUGGCUAUGUACGUACACAUACAUAUAUGCAGCAUGUAUGUGGGAGGUAAUACAUGCGGGUAACAUCUAUAUGUAUGUGUGUGUGUAUAUUUUAGCUCCAGUCCGGGCGAGUUUGAAUUUGGACAGAGGUGGACUAACUGCAAGUUGCAUGUCUUUGGCAUCCUGAUUUUCCUGUUUCUAAAGGUGAAUUUUACAAAACAUGGACAGUAGAGCUGGACAAUCAGACUCAGGGACUGCGCAUCCUCUAUCCUGGACCUGGGAUUGCGGUGAGGGGAGUGCCGUGCCUGGGGCAGGGUGCUUCCUUGUAAAAUCCAGAUGGUGAUUGCUCCCCUUCCCUUGGCUUUCUCCCUGUUUUUCUGUCUGCAACAAGAAUCAGACCAGGAGUGACCCGGCUGGGGAAAAUGCCACUUUCUCAUUGUCUGAAGAUGUCUCCGCUGCGCUUCUAACAUGUUGUCGUAAAUACUGUUCAUCUCUGACUGUUUUGUAUGUGUGACACUUGCCUUAAAACAUAGCAGUCCUCAGAAAUGAAUACAGCCUUUCUACUAGGA